AUGCGGAGAUUACCAUCGGCGGGAAGUCUGCUCGUGGGGAUAUUGGUCGGACUGCUUGUAGCUAGUUUAUUACGACGGGGCGAUUCACGCCAAGAAUCAUGGCGCGGAUCAGGCGCAAAAGUCCGCCCUCAUACAGGUACAUCACGACAGCAUCGUGCGCAGGUGACCCUCCCCUCCAUAUCCCAACGCCUCCACAUCCUUCAGCUCCUCGGAAGUCUGACACCACACCAUACGCGGGAAUGUACGCGGCAUCUGCAGCCGCUGUACAAGGAGCAAGCGGGGAGGCGGUACGAAGCGUUGGUAGGGCACAGGACCAGCUGGGUCUCGUCCGGCUGGCUGGGGUCACUAUGGGGUGGAUCAGAUGCGCGUCAAAAGACACUCGCAGCCCCCACGCGGCGGGAAUCGAUCAAGCGGGAUCUCUCGCAUUCAUCGGAACAUAAAUACUUCUUCGCCAUCAACCUCUACAACUCGUUCGACGUCAUUCCAGACAUCUUCGCUACGCUCUUCCGGACAGCAGCGGUGCUCGGAUACCACAACGUCUUUGUGUCGAUAUACGAGAACGGAUCGAACGACCAGACAAAGUCCCUGCUCAAGAUCUUUGACGCCCUUGCGCGGACGGUCGGGCUCAGAGUCAUCAUCCGGACGUCUAUGCGGACGAGGGGUCAAUUCAACCACCGUAUCGAGUACCUUGCGGAGGUCCGGAAUGCGGCCAUGACGCCGCUGCAUGAGCUGCGGGACGCGGAGGGAGAGGUGUUUGAUACGAUCAUCUUUAUGAACGAUAUCUUGCCCUGCGUGGAUGAUCUGCUGGAGUUGAUUUGGCAAAGUAGGCGGCAGAAUGCGGGGAUUACAUGUGCGGCGGACUACAUGUACCACGACGAUAUUGGAGCACCGGUCUUCUACGAUAACUGGGUUGCUCGGGAUAUCAACGGUACCGCUCUCGAGAACGCCCCCUUCGAGCAGGUCUUCCAUCAUACCGAAUCAAAUCAUCGUUUCCAGCAACAUCUGCCUGUCCAAGUCCAAUCCUGCUGGAAUGGAAUCGCCGUCCUGGACCCUGCACCGUUCUAUGCCCCCAAACCCGUCAAGUUCCGGAUGGCCAGAUUACCCGACGGAGAGUGCUCUGCGAGUGAAUGUAGUUUGAUCUGCAAUGACUUCUGGCAUCAAGGUUGGGGACGGAUCAUCAUGGUGCCCCGAGUCAAGCUAGCCUACGACAAGAAGGUCUACGAUAUCAUCCAUCCCGAACGACGGAACUUGACCGCUAUCCGAGGGUACAAGCGUAUCGGCGGUCUCCCCGACGAUCCUCAUUCCGACCCGCAAGAUCGAUCUUGGUUCGGCCCGCACGAUAGACUGUUCGUCGAGGCGGAGUUCAACGAGAUGGACUUCAAGGCUGGACCAGAGCACGUGUGGUGUUGGGGUUGGGACGGUGCUGGAGAUUUGGACGGACCAGAUGUCGAUCCUGUUUGGGAAAAGAUGCCGUCGAUGAAUUUCGACCCGGCAGCUGUGACAGUCAAGCAUUUCAGGAAUCUCCCUGGGUAUUAG